AAAGUUUUGUAAUUUGUUUCUUUGGGUCGACAUAGAGUCGGGUUUAGUUUGGUAAUUGAAAAAAAUCUAAAGAAUUCAAGUGUCUUCUUCUUCUUCGGUCCCAGCCAAAAUCCAGAAGAUUCUUAAAUCUCAUUUCUGCGGCGUAGGUGAAGUCUUAGCGAUAAGCUUUGUUUCUUCUUCUUCUUUACCCCAUGUAUUUUUGACGAACAAGAGAAGAGAAGAACCAAGUUUUCUUCGAAAGGAUUCAACUUUGUUUCUUUCUCUUCAUCUUCAACAAACAAAAAUGAUCAAGCUUUGCUUCAUGACUUCUCAUGGCUAUUCAAUUCCUGGCCUUGGUCUUCCUCAAGACCUCUGUAACACCGAAAUCAUCAAGAAUAGCCGGUUUCAUCUUGUGAAUCCCGGAGCAAGACAAGAGAUCAUACCUGCAAGCUCCUUCAAUUUGAAUCCAGACUUGGAACCAUGGAAACCUGUUUCUUCAUUUAGCCAAUUCGUGGAGAUUGAUUCAGCCAUGAUGAAACCUCUGCUCAUGGAUGUUCAUGAGACGGCACCAGAAUCGCUGGUUUUAAGCUUUGGAAUCGCUGAUAAGUCUGCGAGACAAGAAAAGGUGAUGGAAUUUCUUCUGUCUCAGUCAGAGGAGUUCAAGGAAAAAGGAUUCAAUAUGUCUCUGUUAAAUGAAUUGAUGGAAUUAGAGGCUAUGAAAUCCAGUUCUCAGCUACGAGCAUGUGAUACUUCCUCUGUUCUUUACUUGAAUCAAGAAUUAGGGAAACCGGUUUUGGAUCUCGUUAGGGAUAUGAUGGAUAAUCCAGAGUUCUCUGUGCGAUCGAAUGGUCACGUUCUGUUCUCUUCAAGUAGCAAUCGUGAGUUGAAUGAUCUACUUUCUAUUGCUUCUGAGUUCAAUUUAUCAAGGAAUUCAACAAAAUGGAGACAGCUCUCACCGCUUAUCCCACACUUUCAGAGGUUUGAAAGUGAAGUAUUAACACCAGCUAAGCUGAAAGCAGUUACAGUAGCACCUUUGAAAAGUCCUGAGAAAACCAGGCUCAAGUCACCAAGGAAACACAACACGAAGCAAAAAUCCAAAGAGAGGGACCUAUACAAAAGAAAUCAUCUCCACGCUUACGAGAGCCUUCUGUCUUUAAUGAUAGGCAAUGAUCAUCAACACAAACACUCAACAGUACUCUCUUUACAGAAAUCAUGUGGAGAGCUCUCAGAGCUUCUGACUCAGUUCUCUGUCACUGUUGCUGGAACUGGAAUCGCUGUGCUUUUCUCUGUCGUCUGUAGCCUUGCUUCAAGGCGUGUACCCUUUUGCGCAAACAAGUUCUUUGACACUGGGCUUGGUUUGAGUUUGGUAAUACUGUCUUGGGCUGUGAAUAGACUCAGGGAAGUGAUUGUUCAUGUCAAUAGGAAAGCGAACAAACCCUGUUCAAGUUUGAAGGAUGACGAAAUCAUAAACAGUGUGGAGAAAAGUAUCAAGGAGGUUUACUACAGAGCUGGCACUGUGCUCGCGGUGUUUGCACUUAGGUUUGCAUGUUGAGAACUCGCGGUGAGAGGUAAAGAUCUUGAUUUACUACUCGAUGGAAAGCUUCUAAAAGGUCGUUUUGUAAAUGACAAACUUGUUUAGUACUGAGCUGUAAAUGUGAAGAACUGAAUAUGAUAUUGUGUUGUUAGAACCUAAUGAUUAAGAGGUGACGAAUCUUGAAGAGAAUAAAUGUUUUGCAAGAAUGCGUUUGUUCCA